GCUGGUGGAUUCCAGGUCACAUUUCUCCUCCUUCUCCUCUCUCUCUUUCUCUCUCUCUUUCGUAUAUCAGGAGAGAGCGAAGCGGCGAGAGGAGACGUCGUGAGAGAGGAGAGAGAAGCCAACGAACCUGAACCGCUUGCAACGUAAGAGAGAAGGAGAAACCUCCGCCAUGGCCGCCCUUGCCUUCCCAGGCGGCGGCACGGCGUCCUUCGCCGUCGCUUGGCUCGUCCUCGUUUCGCUCUCGUCCCUCUCCCUGGCUGCUGUGCCCUUCAACGUCUCGACGCUCGUCUUCGACGACGUCUACGCCCCGCUGUUCGGCGACCACAACAUCCACCGCUCCGACGACGGGAAGUCCGUCCGCCUCCUCCUCGACCGAUACACUGGGUCGGGUUUCAUAUCACAGGACUUGUACCAUCACGGGCUCUUCAGCGCGUCGAUCAAGCUGCCCUCGGAAUACACCGCCGGCGUCGUUGUCGCCUUCUACACCUCAAACGGCGACGUCUUCGAGAAGACGCACGACGAGUUGGACUUCGAGUUCCUGGGCAACAUUCGAGGCAAGGAGUGGAGGGUUCAGACCAAUGUGUACGGGAACGGCAGCACAUCCCGCGGAAGGGAAGAGCGGUACCUCUUAUGGUUCGACCCCUCCAAAGAGUUCCACCAGUACAGCAUCCUCUGGACCACCAAGACCAUAAUCUUCUACAUAGACGACGUACCCAUCAGAGAGGUUGUGAGGACUCCGGCGAUGGGAGGGGACUACCCAUCGAAGCCGAUGGCGUUGUACGCCACCAUCUGGGACGGGUCGACCUGGGCGACUUCCGGCGGCCGGUAUAAGGCCAACUACAAGUACGCGCCCUUCGUCUCCGAGUUUUCCGACCUCAUCCUCGAGGGCUGCUCUGUAGACCCAAUCCAGCAGGUAUCAGAGAGGUGCGAUGAGCACGAAUCAAGGCUCGCCACCGAGGAAUACGCAGUCAUGACACCACAGAAGAGGGCCGCAAUGCAGAGGUUCCGGCAGAGGUACAUGACUUACUCCCACUGCUAUGACCGAGCUCGGUACCCGACCCCCAUGCCGGAGUGCGUGUUCAUCCCUGAGGAGAAGGAGAGGUUCAAGAACACCGGCCACUUGAAAUUCAGUCCCGGCCACAAGCGCCACCACAAGCGGCGGAGCAGCACUCCGACAAUGAAGUCCGACAAACAAGCUUAUGUAUAAGAAGUGAUAACCAGGGAGGGGGAAACAGCCUUUUCUUCUUUGUUCUAUAAAAUUCACCCUCCCCACGAAAAAAGUGAGAGUAUACGAACAAUUUUAUUGAUUCUUUUGGGCACUUUUCUGCUUCUUUUCUUUUCAACCUACCUGUUAGAGACCCUAUGACAACUCUUGAUCCGUCCUUUCUCACCCCUCCGCCUCAUAGUGCCGCCCCAACUUACUCUGGUGUAUUGUUCCUUCUUGUACUAUUUUCAAUAGAGAAACGUACAUUAAUAUGUUGUAUCA